CAACAGCAGCGGAGGGCGGGGCGGCAAAGGCAGCAGCAGCAGCAGAGCCACAGCAGCAGCAGCAGUGUCGGGCCGGCGCCUCCUGUCACUCACUCUCUUUCUCCCUCGCUGCCCAGCUGGUGCCAAAAAGCCGGCGAGCCCCGAGGAAGCAGAGAAUCGUCUCUUCUUUGACCUGCGCUUUUUUGGGGGGAAAGGCCAACCCCACCCUUGAGGGUCUUCGGGAAAAAGCAAAGGCGCAGAGCGGCUUGAGAGCUUGAGCCAUGGCCGGGGGCGCGCGGAGCCUGCUGGCGGUGGCUUCGCUGCUCCUGGUGGGAGCCAACACCCAGGGGAUGGGAGCGGCCCUUGGCCCGGCCCUUGGGACCCCCCAGGUGGCCAUGUUCUGUGGGAAACUGGUCCUGCAUCUCAAUGUACAGACGGGGCGCUGGGAGCCCGAUGCCUCCGGCACCCACACCUGCUUCCGCACCACCGACGAAAUCCGGAGCUACUGCCAGGAGGUGUAUCCAGAGUUGCAGAUCACCAAUGCUGUUGAGGGCACCCAGCCAGUCACUAUUGACAACUGGUGCAAAAAGGGGAGGCCCAAAUGCAAAGGCCAUCAGCACAUCGUGGUGCCAUAUCAAUGUCUGGUGGGUGAGUUUGUGAGUGAAGCCCUCCUUGUGCCUGACAAGUGCAAAUUCUUACACCAAGAGAAGAUGGAUUCAUGUGAGACCUACUUGUAUUGGCACAGUGUGGCCAAAGAGGCAUGUAGUGAAGAGGAUUUGGAGCUUCACAGCUAUGGCAUGCUGCUUCCCUGUGGGGCUGAUCGCUUCCGGGGUGUUGAGUAUGUGUGCUGCCCUUCACGCCCCCCACCGAUCAGAUUGGAGCAAGCGACUGAUGCUCCUCAGAUCCUCCCACGUCUGAGGGAGGAAGCCUUGCACAGCAACAAGGUUCCAACAGGACACAUGCCAAUGGAAGAGGAGAGUUUGGAAAUAGAGGAGGAAGGGGCCAUUGACGAAGAGGAAGAAGUGGACGAAGAAGACGAUGAGGAUGGGGAGGAGAUCCCUAGAGAUGGCGUCCUUGAUUCCGAUCCCUUCCCUCCUGCCUGGGAUGACUAUUUUGUAGAGCCAGGUUAUUACGAUGACAGCAUCACUCAGACCACCAUCACCACUACCACACAGACCACCGAAGAAGACAUCAAAGUGACUCCCACCCCUCGCCCCACGGAUGGUGUGGAUGUUUAUUUUGAAAUGCCUGGCGAUGGGAAUGAGCAUGCUAACUUUCUGCGUGCCAAGAUGGACUUGGAAGAGCGCCGCAUGAAACAGAUCAAUGAGGUAAUGAAGGAAUGGGCCGAGGCUGACAACCAAGCAAAGAACCUGCCCAAGACAGACCGACAGGCCCUCAAUGAGCACUUCCAGUCUAUCCUUCAGACACUGGAAGAACAGGUGGCAAGAGAGAGGCAGCGGCUGGUGGAGACUCAUCUGGCCCGUGUUGUGGCACUGCUGAACGAUAAUCGCCGUGCGGCUUUGGAGAGUUACCUGACUGCUGUGCAGAAUGAUAAUCCCCAGCCGGAUCGCGUCCUGGCAGCUCUGAAGAGGUACGUGAAGGCAGAACAGAAGGAUCAACGCCACACCCUCCGCCAUUACCAACAUGUGGCUGCUGCUGAUCCUGAGAAGGCUGAACAAAUGAAGUUCCAGGUGUACACACACCUCCAUGUAAUUGAAGAACGGAUGAAUCAGAGUCUGGCUUUGCUCUACAAGAAUCCCCAACUGGCUCAGGAGCUUCGAGGAGACAUUGAGGAGUUGCUGCGAUCAGAACGGGUCUCCACCAGUGACCUCCUCACCACUUCCAUCUCAGAGACUCGCACCACAGAGGAGUUCCUGCCUAUGGACAGCAACGAGGACCUUGUUUCGGAAAGCCGUUCUUACCCUCGUGAUGGAGAAGAUUCUGAACAAGCGGAGAAGAAAGCUUCAGGACUGGCAGAAUAUGACUACCCAACCAGUGACAAGGCCUUGCUGUAUGAAUAUGAACGUAAGGUCAAUGUCUCUGCUUCAGAUGCAAAAGGCAUGGUGUACAAGUCCCAAGAAAUCCAACGUGACGAGCUGGUAAGUGGCUUGGGAGCCAGCCAGAAACAGCUGCACCUCGCCCUCCCUCCUGGUCAGGAGCCGGACACCUUGGUCACCAUCAACCGGGGCGCUCUCAUUGGUCUUCUUGUGGUUGCGGUGGCUGUUGCCAUGGUCAUCAUCAUCAGCCUCCUGAUGGUUCGCCGGAAGCCCUACGGGACCAUCAGCCACGGCAUUGUUGAGGUGGACCCCAUGGUCAGCCCCGAGGAGCGGCAGCUGAACAAGAUGCAAAACCAUGGCUAUGAGAACCCCACCUACAAAUUCUUUGAAGAGAUGAAUUGAGUUUCCUUGGCACAAGGGGAUGUGGGGUGACUGGGGUGGUGGGCAUUACCAUGUAGGUGGAAAGGCGUAGGAUCUACUGGAGAGAGGGGUAGAUUCCACGUAUCUUUCCACACAAGGCCCCCCUCUUUUUCUCUGCCCUGGCUGAGCCUUGCCCUCACCCCAGCCCCAUUCCCUAGCCUGCCAUGUUUUUGUUCUUCCAUUUGUCACAUUCCACCUCUCACAUAUCCAUCCAUCCAUCCAGGCUCUACAGCUAUCACCACUUGCCAUUUCCACCAUUGCCAUUUCUUUCCUCACAUCUUCACCAGUUCUAACACUCCAACACAUACACAAACACACACAAAAGCUCCUGGAAUCAGGUGCCAUAUUUGGUUAUUUCGGCUACCGUCAUUUCAACACCCACACCGUGUGCAGCUUUCCAAACCACUUGUUGGAUCUGCUGUAUAACUGUGGGCACCAAGAACUACAUGUGUGCAUCUCAUGAAAGCUCUCAUGCGUGCACAUCACUCGCCAGUGCUCCUUUGCCCAGGGCUACCACAUGUGCAUCAUCCUAACUUGCACAGGACCUGCUGUUCUUACCAAAAUUCAGCCUACACAUUGUAACCUACGUUCAUGAUCUGAAAACCAUAACUAAGUCAAUAACACUGUAUCACAGAGCUGCAGCCUCCCUCGAUUCCAUCCACGGCACCCAUUUGUGACGACUUCAUUUUGCAGAGAUUUUUUAAGAAAAACAAAACCUAGAAAAGCCCGUAUCUUACGCGUGAGACCAGAGUGUUGUGUGCACUCAAAAUUUCCCAUUGCUACCCUCGCCUGCCUCAGCAUAGGAUUCACCUCCACUCACCUCCACGCCUUUUCUGUCUCCACUUGUAUUAUGCUUCCGUUUGAAUUCCUCACUAGUUGCACUUAAUUUAUUGGAAAGCCAGCUAAGCAGGGUUGACCAGAUUACAUUUACCCUCUGCUUCCUUUGGCCUAGUUAACUUCCAUCAGCACCUUAUGUACUAGUUUGGACAGGGGAGAUGAAGGGUCUGAGCUCUCCUCGUCACCCACCUAUUUCUUUCUCUCUCCCUCCUCAAAAGAUACAAGGGAUAGGAGCAAAGUUGCAGAAAUAGAAUCAAGGGCUGGUCUUUGUCCAUCCCUGAACUUCCAAGCUUGAAAAGUCAAUUCAGCAGUGAUUUAGGGGUAGGCUGGGCCAACAAGUAUAUUCUAAUUUUUGUCACUUGCAGUUGGGAGAAACUUACCAAUAGGUUGCUGCCAUAUGACUGGAUUCCUUUCCAAAAGUAACGCAUCUUCUGGGACGUCCCAUCUUGGCUUCUGAAAUGGGGAGGAGGGAGGAUUGGGACCACUUUGGUUAUGUUAUCCGUCCAUCUCUGACGGUGUCACCAAGUGCACUGUAAUGUCUGUCUACUACUGGAGAUUCUAGGCUUUAUCCUGCCUUUGGGUUGGACCAUUUUGCUAGCUUUUUAAAGGUUGCACUUGGGCAGCAGACUAAAAAAAUAACAUAUAUUAAUGGGGCUCUUGAGAUUGAUUAGAGGUUUGAUUCAUAUAGAUUGCCAUUGGUUUUAUUUUCGUCACCUCUCACCCUCCCUACUAAAGAUAAUCCUUUUGGGCAUCCUAGAACUAAAAGUUUGCCAGAUUUUCCCCCUCACACAGGGCUCUUGGCUUCCUAAGACUUGCAUGGAAGAGGAGGGUGGGAUGUUCUGCCAUUGUACCUAAGAUAAUAACAGACAGACCUUGCAUUUUGAGAAGGAAGAAUGUACAACUUUGUGUCCUGAUUGCUCUCCAUUUUUUUGCCAGUUUACUUCCUCCCUUAUUCAUUCUGUUCUGCUUCAGUUCGUGUCCUUUCCAAGCAGACAUUCUUGAAAUCAAGAUGCAAAUGACAAGAGACAAACCAGGAGAAUGGAUUUCAAUUGCCAGUCCUCCCACCAAACUAAUAAAAUAUUGUCACUUCUCUAACCCCA